ACUGAAGGUACAUUUCACACUUUUAUACACUCAGAUCCCAGAAUGACAGGCAGUUUUUCUUUCUGUCUGUUGCAAGACAACCCAGUUAAAGUUGUUCCCAUUGUCCUACUCUUUUUUCUCUCUGUGUCAGCUCUAGAACUGCUAUGUUUUCUGAAUAAUGUUAGAGUAUCUGCUUUGCAUGCUGAAAGUCCCAGGUUCAAUCGCUGAAAUCUCCAGGUAGAGCUAGGGAGAGACUCUUGUGUGUGAAACCCUGGAGAGCCUCUGCCAGUCAGAGUAUACAGAACUAGGCUUGAAGGACUUAAAAGAGCAAUCUAGCCGUGUCAUUCAACAGUGACAGACAACAGCUUUGCUCUAGACAUGGCAGGUGCUCUUGUUCAAAGGAAGCUGCCUUAUAUGGAGUGAGAUCAGCAGACCAUCUAACCACAAUACUGUCUGCACUGACUAGCGGUGGCUCUCUGGCAUUUCAAGUGAGAUUCCCUACCAGCCCUACCUGGAGAUUGAACCUGGGACCUGCUGCAUGCAAAGCUGAUACUCUACUCCUGAGCUAUGGCCUUUCUCCUUCUGUUUCUAGCUGCAAGCUGCUUGCUACCAUGGGGGGUUCUUCAGCCAAAAGAGUUCGGGAGAACAUGAAAUUCUGUGUAGUACUCUGGUGUUUUAAUGGGUUCUACGAUGGAUAUCCCUAGGUCAGAAGGGUUCCUUUCUGGCAUAAAUGACCACCUAGAACUGCUUGUUUAUAUGUGAUGUUACACCUUAUUUUGUCUAGUUUUUUAUAAUUUUGUAAUUGGUAUCUUUGUCUUGAUAUUGAUUAUUGACCAUAAUAAAAUGACUUGGCUAGUUGAUCCUAAUGAGAAGAAUUGCCUGCCUUUGGCUUUUGGGAUUGUUGAUGCCUAUGCAUGUUUGGCUACACAAUGUUUUUUGUGUGCUGCGGCAAAGUAGGAAGCAAGAAUUUCCUGUUCUCCCUCUUUUAAGACAUUGCUACCCAAACAGGUUGGAUAAGUUUUGAACUGGAUAGAGGCAAACUUUAGCACAAAUUUUUGUUUUGUGUAAAUAUUUAAAUAUGGGGGUUCUGUUUAGGCAUACAACUUGUUUAUCUUCAGUAUUAAACAUCAACUUGUUUAAUACUACACUUCAAGAAUGUGAGUAUCCAUUUCCCUGAAAAACUUAAUCUAUGUCUCAUACAAACUGCUUCAAAUGGGAAGUCUUUGGAAGCGAAUUUUUGCUAUACACUAUAGAAAAAUAACUUCACAGUGGUAUGAUAAAUCAUGUCAGUAAACAUAACUUUCUUUUUCAAAUAGCAUUGGGAAUGAAAGUUGCUUGCUGUUGUGGUUAGAUUAUAUUGAGAUCCUUGAUGCAGGUACCUUCUCAACCAUAAAACUAAUUUGGGUAUCAUUGGCCCAGUCACUUUCUCCCAACCUUGGGAAAGAAAGGUGGGAUAUAAACAGAAGGAAAGCACAAGCUGAAGAAUGUAUGGUGACUAUUUCACUGGGAACGUAAUGCCAAUCAAAGAAGUGCUAUAUGGUUUAUAAUCUGGAUGUGAUAACUCCCGUUAGUUUACAAUAUUAAUCUGAAUUAUAUUUAGUGUGUUGCGGGAUGGAAUGUGCCUGCUUGAAAGUUCUAUCCAGCUAUGUCUUUUUUCAGGAUUCUCCCUUCCAUGCCCCUCCCUUUUUUGUGGCUGUUUUCGAGCACAGUCAAUUAUUACUCCGUAGCCACUGAGCAUGCUCAGUCAUCAGCAGGGUUUUUUUCCUGUCUCCUUGGUUGUGAAUAAUGUUUUGACCAGCACUAAAUUCUGCACUUUGGAAACAAAGAGAAUUGUACAGUGCUUCUUUAUCCUGGAUAGUUUUAAAUAAUAUGCACAUCAAAAUGGGUGGGUUUCACAUUAUCUGCCCUUGAUUGUUUUCACAAUUCUCUACCUCCCCCCAAAAAGCUUGGCCGGACUAGCUUGCUUUAUUACGUCACUAGGCUCUAUGACGCCACAGCAGCCCUCAGAAGAUGGAAAAGGUAGGAAAGCAGAAAUACAUUCCUGGCCAAUGAUUGUCGCCUGACUUCCAGGUUGCUAGGCUUCCAUUUUAAAAACGUAUAGAUAAAACACACUAUGUAGUCUCUAUACCGCUACCACCCUUCUGAAAUUCCGGUGAGAACUGAAGCACCACAGCUUUACCCACGACGUCCCUAACAAUGCAAAAUGAUGACGCUCUAGCUCUUGGCACCAACCUCUAUGGUAAAACUCAUUUGGCAUUAUAACUAUUAAAGGCACAGAGAGAGAGGCAACGACGUUCAGACCGGAAGUGGUUGUGAACGGGUUAUUUAAAAGCCGAGGAGUGGGCGGAGCCUCGCGGAGGCGUCUAGGCAAGGCCUUUAAGAACUGGCCAAUAAGAACGUCGUCUCUUGAAGCUCCUGCCCAAUAAGGAGCGAAGGGGGGGAAGAGCCCGUGCUUCACGUAUCGCCUCAAGUCAAGCGGUUGGGUCCGUGGAGCAUCUCCGUGAGGCGGUUAUCCAUCUGGGUCUUGCGGACGAAAGGCGGCGCGGCUAUGAGGAUGGCGGCGCUGGCGAGCGCGGCCGAGCGGGCUGUACUGGAAGAGGAGUUCAAGUGGCUUUUACGAGAGGAGGUUCAUGCUGUCCUACGGCAGCUGCAAGAUAUUCUGAAGGAGGCUUCUCAUCGCUUUACUUUGCCUGUGAGCGGUUCAGAGGGACCCAUCAAGCAGGAGAACUUCAUUCUGGGUAGUUCAAACACCGACCAGGUGAAGGGAGUCCUGACACUUCAGGGAGAUGCCUUGUGCCAGGCUGAUAUUAACUUAAAAAUGCCCAGGAAUAACCAACUCCUACACUUUGCAUUCCGGGAUGAUAAACAAUGGAAACUCCAACAGAUCCAGGAUGCAAGGAAUCAUGUCAACCAAGCGAUCUACCUGCUUACCAACAGAGGCGCCAAUUACCAGUUCAAGACAGGAUGUGAGGUCCUCAAGUUGAUGGAUGCAGUGAUGCUGCAGUUGACAAGAGCUCGGAAUCGGCUCACCACUCCAGCUACUUUGACUCUGCCAGAAAUCGCCUCUAGUGGUGUUACGAAAAUGUUCACUCCUGCUCUGCCUCCAGACAUCCUCGUCAAUUUCUACAUCAACCUGAAUAAGCUCUGCUUGACUGUCUAUCAGCUGCAUGCUCUGCAACCCAGUUCUACAAAGAACUUCAGACCGGCUGGAGGGUCCAUACUGCACAACCCAGGGGCCAUGUUUGAGUUCAACAACCAAAGAUAUGAAGUGAACCAUGUCCACAAAGUGGAGUGUGUCGUCCCCUGGCUGAAUGACGCCCUCGUUUUUUUCACGGUCUCCCUACAGCUGUGCCAGCAGCUAAAGGACAAGGUCGGGUGGUGGAAAGAGAGAACAUGGUUGGCAAAGGGCAUUCCUUGCUUUUGGGGUCCAGGGGAGGCUGCUGGAUGUUGAAAGUAUUUUGCAGCGGCAGCCAGUGUGAUGCCCUACAGGCUGCUGGACUGCCGUCAUCCCUGACCUUUAACUAUGCUACCUGGGGCUGAGUGGGCAUGUGGAGGGCACCACGUUGACUACUUCUGGUAUACUUAGUGAAGUGUUAGUUCUGUAUCUGAUGCAGAAAAAGGAGACACUGGGGGCAAGGCAAAUAGCAUUGGAUUGUGUGAAACUUAAAAGCAUAUGUCCUGCUGAUGUAUAGAUAGUAACCCUUAGCAAUGAUAUAGCACACUUAGAGCAUUUAAACUGCUACAGGUAAGUCUAUUUCAAGUAAAAUGCAAAGGAAAAAUAAGCCAACAGCAUUGUCAAGGUAGGUUGAUAUUAUCCCCAUAUUUCAGAUUUGGGAGGGUGGGAUGUGGAGGCUUAGAGAACCUCCAAACUUGUGACAAAAGUGAGAUUUGAAUUCAGGAUCCCCAUUCCCUGCUCAUUCUUGGAGUCCACACCAAUUAGCUUCUUACAGCAGGGAUGGGAAACCUUAGGUUGGGGGUUUCCCAAACUGAUGUCUUGAGCAUGAGCAUGAUGCGGCUUCUGACAACCUCUCCCCCUCUUAUUUUCCAGAUCUCUGUGUUUUCUGGCUACUGGAACUACAGGCUCUACUGAUCCUGCAUCAAACAGUGGUCCAUUUGCAAUUUCAGCCACUCUCUCUCUCUCUCCCCCCGGGAGGAAAUCAUUGUAUAAGCUGUGUAUGUGUGAAGAUUUACUGGAUCCCACUGUUCAUGGUGGCAGCUGGGUAGGCACCAUGCCCAGUGUUGGCAUCCUCAUGUGUUGAAUAUCAUUAUUUAUUAGCACUUUAGAAGUACACCUAUUCCUUUCCAAGCUGGUGAACACUAGUCAAAUCCCAACCCGCUAGCGCAGGGAAUGGGGGGGGAGUCUGUGGCUCUCCAAAUGUCACAGGACUGCAACUCCCAUUCUCCCUGACCCACUGGCCAUGCUGGCUGGGACUGGUGGGAGCUGAAGUCUAGCAAGACUUGGAGGGCCGCAGGCUCCCCCUUUCCCUGCAGUAGAGGAAAAGGUGUGAUUGUGAACAGGGAAAAUGAAGCCAGGGCUGGACUGUUCUGGAGGGAUGACAAGAGGGACCAACUUGGUGUGUGUGGUGGGCCACAAAGAGCCAUUCCUUCCUCGUCAUAUUUUUGGUUUGCUGUCCCUUCCAUCACCGCCACCAAAUCUCUUGUACCAAUGUGGAAUAUUCAUCUCUACGAUUUAACCCCAGCGGCGUCGGGAACAAUGUUCUUUCGGUGGGAAGCCAGAGGCACCACCUCCAUCAUGUCUUCCAUUGAGCCAUCGCUAUGCCCAUCUACCACUAAGCAAUGCAAAACUAUACAUGUUUGUCUUGGUGGCAGAGUGGUCGGUUGCUGCUAAACUUGAACAAAUCAUUCCUUGAACUGGUCUGCUGUUGUCGUUAAAUAAAAAUCCCUGACCGUU